AUGGUUGUGGAAGAAUUUGAAUGGACUCCAAGUACAAGUAAUCUUCUGGGAUCUAAUCUCACUGUUAAUGAUGUAAAAUUAUUAUGUACGUCAUGGUUAGAAAAAAUUCAAUCAACUGCGGUAUUGGAUCGUUCUCGUCAUGUGCGGCCAUCCAAUUUCAUUAUAUGGGUUGUUGGUCUGUCUUGCGUCACGCUAAUCAGCUUGUGUGCUGCUGUUGGAAUUUUAUUUGUCAAGAAGCUUAGUAAACAAACAUAUAACCAUUUUAUUACAAUUUUUGUAUCACUUGGUGUCGGUUCACUGGUCACUUCAUCUACACUUCAUUUGCUACCUCAGGGAUUAGGAGUUACUGAUGGUGAUAACUACGAUUUUAUUGUGGUUAUGAUGUUUUGCAUAUUCGGGAUAUACACUUUUUUUUUCUGCGAUAAGUUUAUUAAAAUCACCCUGGAAUCGAAAAAGAUGAAUGAAAUCGAAAUGAAGGGGGUCGUUGAGCCUCAGAAAAGUGCAGGAUCUCGAGGUACUUCUAUUCGUUCCACAGAUGCAUUAAUUGGUGAAAAUGGUAAUGCAAAGCAUUCUGUCGCUGAAUCGGAAGAGCAGCCGCUUAAUAAACAUUCGACGCAAAGACGGAGCGGCAGUAAUGUGAUUGGUAGUCUGGAUAUGUCAAGGCAGGCACAUGGUAUCUGUGUUCAUGAUCAUGAAAUAACAUUUAAUGGAAAUAAAGAUUCGGCUAUAAAAACAGUCGCAUGGAUGAUUAUAUUUGGUGAUGGCUUGCACAAUUUUAUAGAUGGAGUCAGCAUUGGUGCUGCUUUCAACGAAUCGCUGCUAAGUGGAUUGAGUGUGAGCGUGGCAGUAUUUGCAGAGGAAUUUCCGCAUGAAUUAGGUGAUGUGGCAAUUUUAUUGAAUGCUGGUAUGAAUCAGAGACAGGCUUUGUUUUAUAAUCUACUCACUACGGUUACAUGUUUCAUCGGAUUCUUUGUUGGUGUUUUAUUGGGUAGUAUCGAAUCUUUUCUACGCUAUAUUUUUGGUUUCUCAGGCGGCAUGUUCCUGUACAUUGCCCUUUCGUGUAUGAUGCCUGAAAUGAAAUCUACCAUGGAAGAAGCUUUAGAAAAUGGCUAUCGCGAUGCACUCCUUGUCCUUUCUUUGCAAACAACGGGUUUAGCUUUAGGUACAUUUUCAAUGUUUUUUUUUGCUCGAUAUGGUCAUUUAAUUCAGUUUGUAUGA